CAGCUGGCGCAGCCGAAGAGGCUACUUUGUCAGAGCCGAGCCACCGGAGAGGGAACGGCGGAGCGGAUCGUGGCUGGAAAAAGUGUGAGCUGUGGCGGGGAAGCUGGUCAAAACGAAGGGCCUUCGUGGGGAUUCUCUCGGUGGCGGCUGUUUGAUGAGCUCUCCGGCGGAUUUGAAGUUUUUCUCGUCGGCGUCAGAGAGAGGUCCGUUUAAAAGUUGAGCCGCAGAGGAGUUCUCUCAUUCAGGAUGUCGGACUGAGACAAAGAGGGUCUGGGGGGGCAUUCCCGACGGAGCGCAGGUAAACCUUGACUGUGGACGCCUCCUCUGAAUGGGAAGGAUGGAGAGGGAGCUGCAGUGGUGGAAAGGACAGCUAGCUUCAGACAUCCAUCAGUCGUUGCGCAUUAAGGAGCUGAAGCUGCCCGUCUACCGGGCCCACUCCCCGCAGAUCGGCAUGCGGCGCUACUUCGCGGACCUGUUGGCCAUCCUAAGCAACCGGUACCAGCUGUGUCCCACGGCCCGCCACCUGGCCGUCUACCUGCUCGACCUGUUCAUGGACCACUACGACGUUGCAGUGAAACAGCUCUACAUCAUCGCCCUCUCCUGUUUGCUGCUAGCUAGUAAAUUUGAGGAGAAGGAGGACCGGGUCCCUAAACUGGAGCAGCUGAACUCCCUCGGCUUUAUGUGCAGCCUGAACCUUGUUCUGAACAAGAGGGACCUGAUCAAAAUGGAGCUGCUGCUGCUGGAGACCUUCAGCUGGAAUCUGUGCAUGCCCACGCCCGCCCACUUUAUCGACUACUACCUCCACGCCGCCGUGCAGGAGGGCGACCUCUACAACGGCUGGCCGCUGUCCUCUCUGUCCAAGACCAAGGCUUUCAUGGACAAAUACACUCACUACUUCCUAGAGGUUUCGCUGCAAGAUCACGCCUUCCUGAAUUUUAGACCCUCUCAGGUCGCUGCCGCUUGCGUUGCAGCAUCCCGCGUUUGCCUUCAGAUUGCCCCAAGCUGGACGACUGGUCUCCAUCUGCUAACAGGGUACUCCUGGGACCACCUCACCCCAUGUAUUGAGCUAAUGCUGCUGGCUCAUGACAACGACGUGAAGGAGGCCAAUAAAACCAAAACCACUCCUCCUCACCGGCCCUCCUCUCUGCAAUCCCAGCCCCAGACGUCUCACCUCUCCCCAGUCUCUGCCAUCCAGAGACCGGCCUCCUCCUCUUCCUCCUCCUCCUCCUCCUCCUCCUCCACACCACAGUUGCUCUUCCAGCCAGACAGCUUCACACACCUCUCCCAGCAUUCCCCCUCUCUGUCCCAGCUGCAAGCACUAGCUGACUCUCAGGCUUUUGGCCCAGUGGUGAACAUGUCUCAGGAUUUCCUCCAGAGCAGCAGGGUGGGCCUGCUAACAGCGGCCCCCUCCAUCACCGUCGGAGGAGCGUUCCCCUCCUACCCGAGCCUAACCUCGGGUCUGCAGCCCGCGGCCCGCGCGCUGCCUCUUCAGAGCCCCAUCUCUGUGCAGAUGGCCCUCGCCGGAGAGCCGCGCCACUGUCUGAGCGUGGCCUACGGCGGGGGCUACCUGGGGGCCCACCACACGUUCACAGCCGGCUGCUUCGACAGGUGACGCCAGGAGACGGAGAGGGAGCACAAACCGCUACGGGAGCCCACCGCAGUGCUCCCGCCCCACAUCCCCACCCCGAAAUACCCGUUCACAGACCUCCUCGCCCUCUCCGUCAGCACGCCGACGCCUGCGGCCGCCCCGCCGUCCCCGCCGCUCUCGCACAGACGCCUCAAACGUAAGCAGAGGGCCAGAGGCGCGGCGGACCCGGUGGAGGUCAUCACGCUGACGUGACGAACGCUCCUCUGCCUCGGGUUGAACCUGGAGGUGCUGCGGGGGGGAAAUGCUUCUGCCACGUUCUGAACUGGAUCUCUGAAUGUGCGUUUAUUAUGAGACUGUCAUCACUGUGAAUGAGAUGAAAGCAGCAGCAGCAGCAGCAGCGUGAUCAAACACCCACCUCAUUCAGUGCCUGUGUGUGUGAUAGCUGAGCCAAUUUUAGAAGUGCACAGAACGCGACGUGUCUGUGGUAAAUGCGUCUCGCUGCUCAACACUUUCUUCACUUCUAAUCCCAAAAAUAUAACAUUUCAUAGGAAAUCUGGCUGAUUAUAUUUUUAUGCAAGCCAACGUUAGACUAAAGAUAGGAUGAAAUAAAUGGAGGCCUAUUGCUUUACUGGAAGAGCAUAAAAAGGUUGUUAAUGCCUUUUGAAGUUGUUUUUUUUCCCCCCCCUCCUCCUAAAUCAGCCAACAUUUGAUGUAAAGAGCUGAACGGCUUCUCUGAGAUUCCCUAACAACUCAGGACCAUCAGAGGACACCAAGAACUCAUUGUUUAGUGCACAGCCGGCGGCGCUGAUUGGCCCAGACCGGCCCGCAGCGUUCGCUUUUCUUAACCCCCCCCUCUCCGUCUCCCAAAGUUGAGCCCUCACACACACGCAGGUGGAACCGCGGCUGUCCCGCCAGCUUUCUCACGCCGACAGUCUGAACUCAACUGUGGAGUGAAUGGACCGGACCCGCCUGGUGAAGAUGGCGCGGGGCUUUGUUGUGUUUGUACAUAUGAAAUGCUGCUGCCUUCUUGUUCUGUCUGGGUUGAAGACUCCCAAUGUUUACAUGAACCACUAUCAGGGACUUUAUCAAGAUUACUUGAAUAUGAUGCCAUUGAAACAUGUUAUAGCUUUUAUUUAUAACUUUUUUUUUUUGUUCUCUUUUUUAUUUUUCUCUCGUUUUGUUUGAUGUAGCGUAGCUUUUUAUACCAACGUAGAAAUCCACCAUUGCGUGAGAGUGUAGUUUUCUUUUUUGUAUGUUCAGGCUCAGGUUUUAAGGCUAAAGCUGCAUUUUUUUCCUUUGCAUUCUGUGCUUUGAAGUAGAUGCUGAUUUAGCAUCUUUGCCCUCCUUAUCACUGGAUCAUACUCCGUAUCUGACUGACUGGAUGCAUUCGCCGCAUAAAGGAACCGUGGCUGGUUUCACUUUUGAACAUCUGCAGCCGGUCGUCUGUAAUUGCUUCCCAGAUUUGUAAAGCUGCGACCCUCCAUCUCCCACUUCCUGUUGAAGUGUAAACACGUUCCCUGAUUCCCAGAGCUGAUCACCAGGGCUUGACCGCCGGUCACCAUGCUGCAACUUCACAUGUUUAGGGACUCUGUUUGCUCCAAAUUAGGAUUUCCCAAUUAUCUUCUGACAACCCGAAGGGAAAGUAAAAUUCUCUGAAUAUAUCCUCAGUAGAAAUGAGCUGUAAUAGAAAGAUGAGAUACUGCUAAAGUUUUAGGAAAGUGAAUAGAUCCUCAGAGUGGUGGAAAGCUCACAGCUGGACAGACACGUCACUGUUUUAGCCGAUUUUAGAAAGUCAAGCAAAUGUUGAUAACGUACAACGCCGUCUUUGCAAAUAUCAACAGUCUACAAUUUCUAAAAGCACCGUUGUUGAGCUUGUUGUUGUAUUCUCAGCCCAAAGGUUUACAUUGUGGGUUUACCUGGAGGCUGACGAGGCUAUAACCUCAACAACAAACUUCUCAUUGGUCUCUUCUUUGCUACUAAAUUGGUUUAUUCCAUAGGUGUGAAGAUUUUUUGUUGUUGUUUUGAGUUAGAGAAAUCAGCUAAAAUGGGUCCGUCUCACUCUGAUGACAUAUUCCUUCUAGAACUGCAAAAUAAGAUCAUCUUCUACAGGAAAAUGAUAAAAAAAAAAACCCACAGAGUCUCACUAAAAUCUGAUCCGUCCCUUGAAGUUGAACUGUCAGCCUGUUUUUUUUUUUUUAGAAAUCAUUAUUCGACAACUAAACAGCUAAUUUAGACAGAUCACAGCGUGAAGCUGCCACCGCUAUGUUUCCCCGCAGGGAUGGCGUGUUCGUGCGUGGGCGCUGUGGUCAAAUAUAACGGGAUGAAGGGAAUUAAUUUGGUCGGCUAGCAGAUUAACACACUAAGUGAAGCAGUCAGACCUGUUUGUUUCCAUAAAGGCUUAUUUAGGGGAAAAUGCUGCGGAUGAACCUUACAGCAUUUUGUUUUUAGACCAAAAAAAAAAAUCCAAGUUUGUUUGUUUGUUCGUCAGGUAAGGGAACGGCUGCUGAUAACCUAAUAGAUAAACACUUCAAAUCUCGUUAACAUAAUGAAUUUUCUGUGUAGGGUUUUUUUUCCGUUAUGGGCGGAAAAGUAAAUAUUUCAGUUAAUGGCACCAAAUCUAGAUGAUAAUUAAACUGUCGGGCUAUUUUUGGAGUACUGCUGAUUCCCUGCAUUGGAGGCACUAAAGGUGAAAUAAACUAAUGUUCAAACUGUC